GUGCCCGCCGUCGGCCGCAAGACACUCGUCUUCACGAACCGGGUGACGUCCUGCAAGGCCGUGGCGCGGGGCAUGCGCGAGCACGGCGUCAGCGCCGUGGCCAUGCACGGCAACAUCCACCCCAAGAAGCGCGCCGAGAUCUGGCGCGACUUUAGCGGCGGUGGUGCCGACGUCAUGGUGUGCACAAACCUGGCGUCCCGCGGACUCGACUUCAAUAACGUCCACCACGUCAUCAUGUACGAGUUUCCGCUGAACCUGGCCGACUAUCUGCACCGCGUGGGCCGCACGGCGCGCGGCGGCAGAGCCGGGCGCGUGACCACGAUCACGCCCAGGAGGUACUGGCCGUUUGUCACCAAGAUCCAGGAGGCGGCGAAGACUGGCAAGCCCAUCGAGGUGAGGCACGCGACGAAGAACAUCAAGAGGAUACUGGCGAUAGAGCAGUACCAGAAG